UACUUUUUUGUUCUGUAAAAAAUUUGUAUUUUAUUUUAAAGUCUUUAAUCUUUAUAUACUUAUCUUUGUUUAAAGUUUUGAACAUGUUUGAAGAAUAUGUAUGUAAUUAUCAUGCUGAUGAAAUUUUAAAUAUUCUAAGACAAGAAGAUAAAAAACAACAUUACUCCAUUACAAUAAAUUUUUUAACUCUUUUUGAAAAGAAUCCAAAAUUGGGUGAAGAAAUAUUAUCGGAUUCGAUUAAUGUCUUGGAACGGUGUGACAAUGAAUUGAUCAGUGCUCAAAGAAAAUUGAAAAAGACCAUCAGUGAUGAAAAUGUUAAAUUACGUACGAAAAAAAGAGUGCACACUAGAAUUACUGCUUUACCUUUAUGCCCUGAACUACAUCGUACAAUAUUUCCACGCAAUGAAGAUAUCGGUUCAUUUUUACGGGUCAAUGGUACCGUUGUAAGAACAGUUCUUCCCAAACUAUUAGAAUAUAAAAAGAUUUACUAUUGUACUAAAUGCAAACAAGCUUUUGAUGUUAAGAUUGAUUAUGAACAGUUCAAUAAGCUCAUUGUUCCUGACCGUUGUCCUAAUCCCGAAGAUUGUCCCGGCACUACUUUUAAACCUGUGAAAGAUGAAGAAUAUAUAAAAGAUUAUCAAGAAAUUAAAAUUCAAGAACAAAUAGGCAAAGUAGGCUUAGGAGCAAUGCCACGUUCUAUGUGGGUAUCAUUGGAAGAUGAUCUAGUUGAUAACUGUAAACCAGGCGAUGAUGUUAUUAUAUGUGGUACUGUUAUUAGAAGGUGGCACCCGUUAGUCGCAAACUCCUUCAUAGAUAUUGAACUAUGCUUACGGGCAAACCAUUUGAUUGUUUGUAAUGACCAGCAGUCUGCAAUAAUGAUUACCGAUGAAUGGUGUCAAGAAUUUGAAAACUACUGGGAGGACAACAAAAAUAAUCCAUUUGCCGCAAGGGAUCACAUUAUUGCUUCGAUUAGCCCUCAGACGUAUGGUCUGUAUACAGCGAAAUUGGCUGUCGCGUUAGGUUUAGCGGGUGGAGUACGGCGCACGGCACCCGAAGGUGGUGGAAUAAGGAUCCGAGGUGAAACCCACAUAUUGUUUGUCGGUGAUCCCGGCACUGGAAAAUCUCAAUUGCUCAAGUUCGCCUGGAAAGUUUGUCCUCGUUCAAUAUUUACCACUGGAGUAGGUUCAUCCAGAGCCGGACUAACAGUAUCAGCAUUUAGGGAAGGGUCUGAAUGGCAUUUAGAAGCUGGAGCUUUAGUACUAGCCGAUGGAGGAAUUUGCUGUGUGGACGAAUUUGGUUCCCUCAAAGAAGAUGAUCGCACCGCAAUUCAUGAAGCAAUGGAGCAACAAUCUAUUAGUGUUGCUAAAGCUGGUUUAGUGUGUAAGUUGGAUACACGUUGUACUGUUAUGGCUGCGAUGAACCCAAAAACGAGAUACAAUUUAAAUCUAUCAUUAUCGGAAAAUAUUAAGGUGGCCAGUCCACUGUUGAGUCGGUUCGAUUUGAUUUUAAUACUUAUAGAUACAAAUAAUGAAGAAUGGGAAAGGAUUGUUUCCUCUUACGUUCUUCAAGGUAAAAAACCUAUAGGUAAAAAAAAUACUCCUACUUCGUUAUGGAAUCUCGAAAAACUUCAACAUUAUUUUUGCACUAUUAGAAAUAUAACACCGGAGACAACAGAAGAAGCAAAUUUAGUGUUAAGCAAAUACUAUUGGAUGCAGCGCCAAAGCUGUCAAAGAAAUGCCGCAAGAACAACUGUUAGAUUUUUAGAAAGUCUCUUAAGACUGUCACAAGCACACGCUAAACUUAUGUUUCGUAAUCGAGUACUUGUUGAAGAUGCAGUUGUUGCAGUGUCUUUAAUGGAAUGUUCCAACGAUGAUGGAUUGUCAAAUAAUAUUAACACUCUGUACACUAAUUUUCCCACUUGUCCCAAAGAAGAUUAUUUAAAAAAAAUGGAAGAAAUAUUGACAAAACUCGGUCUAGAAGAGAUUUUCGAGACUGAAAUGAAUAGAUGGUAUGAAAAUUCUUUACAAAAUGAAUCUGAUAAAUGCAUAAAUAGUUCUGAUGCAUCAAGUCAACUUUCAAACAAAACUGAAAGCAACUUGACAAAUAAAAUUACAGAAACUAUAAAAAAUAUUAAGAAAAAAAAAGAAAAUGACUUUUUUGUACCACAAAUAAGUAAUAGAGAUAAAGUUCAACAAAAAACAGUUUCUUCAAAAAUAUCUCCAAACGAAAUUGAUGAGUUCAAUGAUGAUUCAAAUGAUGCAGAUAUUUUUGUUCGAUGUUCUAAAGUUAAGAACAAUGUUGUUUUAAAAACUACAUUAAACCAUGUCAACAACGAGUUAAGCAGUCACCCUAAAAAUAACAACAGUCAAUCUGUUAGAACGUCUCCAAAAAUAUGUGUAAUUAAUUCGUCUGUUGAAAAUGAUCUCAAUGAGAAUCAAGUGAAUGCUAGUAAAACGUCAUUGUCAAAUAACACUCUUACUGAUGAUUUGAGUUUAGAAUUAGAAAAAGAUUAUAAUACUACUUCUAACUUGUUUACUGAUCAAACCCCUUCAAAAUCAACAUUAUACUCUGCACAAAAAGCCAAACUAAAAUUGAGCAAAUUCAAAUUUAGUAAAAAAAUCAAUCCAAGUGAAAAACAGGAAAUGUCUACACCUACACCGGAUAUUCCAAUAAAUAAUAAUGACUGUACAACUACUGUAAUCACACCGACUGCGCCAAAAAUUGUUCCUAUUAAUCUAGCAAAGGUUUUUUCAGCUGAAGAUGAGGAAGACUUGUCUUAUUUAGAUUUAGAAUAAUAGUUUCAACUAUGAAACAAAUACUUCAAUAUAUUUUGCAACUAUUAACUUUAUGUUGUAGUAUAUAAAAAAACUACCUUAUAAAUUUUGUAAAAGUUGUUUUGUU